AUGAUCAUGUUCUCUCUCCUGAAGGUGUUAAAUGAAGAAUGUGAUCAGAACUGGUACAAGGCGGAGCUCAAUGGAAAAGAUGGUUUCAUUCCCAAGAACUACAUUGAGAUGAAGGCCCAUCCGUGGUUCUUUGGGAAGAUCCCUCGAGCCAAAGCAGAGGAGAUGCUGAACAAACAGAGGCACGACGGGGCUUUCCUGAUCCGCGAGAGUGAGAGCGCACCAGGAGACUUCUCUCUGUCUGUCAAGUUUGGAAACGAUGUGCAACAUUUCAAAGUGCUGCGUGACGGUGCUGGUAAAUACUUCCUGUGGGUGGUGAAGUUCAACUCUCUGAACGAGCUGGUGGACUAUCACCGAACCACCUCUGUGUCCCGCAACCAGCAGAUCUUUCUCCGGGACAUCGAGCAGCAACAUGUGCACCAGCACCCCACUUACGUCCAGGCGCUGUUCGACUUCGACCCUCAGGAGGAGGGAGAGCUCGGCUUCAGGCGCGGAGACUUCAUCCAGGUCCUGGACAACUCUGACCCCAACUGGUGGAAGGGCGGCUGCCAUGGCCAAACAGGGAUGUUCCCCCGCAACUACGUCACCCCCAUCAUCCGGAACAUGUAA